AUGUCGCUCCAGCAUGAUGCGCCCGCGCGCGCACCCGCCCUCGCCGCGGCCACGGAGCAGGCGCCGCACGCGCAGCCCGCCCAGCCCGCGCAGCCCCAUCAGCUCGAGAAGCACGAGAAGCGCCUCGACGCCGGCAACCGCCACCACGACCACUAUGCCCGCCGCCUGCCCAAGUGGCGCAACGACCUGCGCAACCGCCUGAUCCCCAUUGUGCGCUGGGAGACGCCGUGGCUCGCCUGGAUGCAGGACAGCCUGCGCUCGCCCGCCCUCGACACGUACUUUGCCUACACGGCGAACCUCGGGACCCACACCUUCUUCAUGGUCUUCCUGCCCAUCCAGUUCUGGUGCGGCUACACCAGCCUGGGCCGAGCCACCGUCUUCAUGCUGGCCGCCGGCAUCUACUGGAGCGGCUUCCUCAAGGACAUGCUCUGUCUGCCGCGCCCGCUGUCGCCGCCGCUCGCCCGCAUCUCCAUGAGUGGCUCGGCCGCCCUCGAGUACGGCUUCCCCUCGUCGCACUCGACCAACGCCGUGUCGGUGACCAUCUACGCUAUAUACAUGCUGCGCCAGUCCGACGAGUACAGCCCGGCCGUCAACAUUGGCCUGCAGGCCCUCUUCUACGUCUACGCCAUAUCCAUCAUUGUCGGCCGCCUGUACUGCGGCAUGCACGGCUUCCUGGACGUCCUGGUGGGCAGCGUGCUCGGCGCCGUCAUUACCGUCUUCCAGCUGGUCCUGAGCGACUGGAUAGACUCGUGGAUAUUCAGCGGAUCGUACAAGGACGUCAUCAUAGCCACGCUGGUCAUCUUCGUGCUUGUGCGCAUCCAUCCAGAGCCGGCUGACGACUGUCCCUGCUUCGACGACAGUGUUGCUUUCUCUGGCGUGGUCGUUGGCAUCAACAUUGGCGCCUGGCACUAUGCGCAGUCGGGCUUUGCAAUCAACGACGUCUACCCCUCCACGGUGCCAUUUGAGCUGGCCAAGAUCGGCCUGCCCACAGCCAUCGCCCGCACGCUGCUUGGAGUCGUUGUCAUCUUCAUUUGGAGGGCCACUGCAAAGCCGGCGUUGUUCAAGAUACUGCCGCCCAUCUUCAGACUGCUGGAACGCGGCCGAAUGAACUUGCCCCGCGCUUUCUUCCUCAAUGCUUCGUCAUACACGUCCAUCCCCAACAUGCGCGACGACGACAAUGUCAUUCCGCCUGCGUCGCAGCUCCCGCAGAUGCUCAAGAACCUGGCCCAUCCGCGCAAAAGAUCCGUCUCAGUCGGUCCCCAGUCAGCGUCCGACGCCUACGAAACGCUCGCCUACCGCAACCGGCGGCGGCGGGAAAGUGUUAAUUCUUCAGACGGCAUACCCGAAGACCUGGAGUGGUCGACAACCCCCCAGGUAGUACCACCCACGGCCGAGAAAGGCCAGACUCAGCUGGGCGCUGGUCUACUGCCCACGCCCAUGACGUCCCGCGUGCAGUCGUACGAGCGCAUGAUGGGCACUGGCGACACUCACGGCUUCGAGGGCGAGAUGAACACGCCGCCCGACAGCGACACGGAUUUCGCGGGUGAUCUCUCGCUGAAGAGCGAGGAGGAGAACGAGAAACGCGAGAUCUUCAUGAAGCUUACGAAGCCACGCGUGCGAUACGAUGUUGAAGUAGUGACGAAGCUGAUUGUGUACACCGGCAUCGGCAUGCUGGCCGUGGGCAUCGAUCCCAUCAUCUUCGAAAUGGUCGGCCUCGGUAUGGGCAUCCGACCAUAG